AUGUCGGAUGAUAUAUGGGAGGAGAGUGCUGUCAAAGGAUUUCAAUUUGAUUUAGAGGAAGCAGAUAAUACUUCAACGUACUCUCAUAUUCUCGGUGAUAGCUUUGGUGAAACAUUUUGUGAUGAAUCAAUAACAAUAGACUUUAACAAUCAAUUUUGUACAAUAUGCCAUAACUUAAUCGGUAAUGAGAUUUACUAUGAAAAGAUGCUACGUUCUGUUCAGAGGCAUGCUGGUUGA